AUGUUUGAAGAUGAUAUUGUACCAAGCUCCAAUCCAGACUCUCCCCUAUUGGACUAUCAGACAAAGCUUAGUAUCCAGUCUGAGCUCAAGCAUAAAGACCCAUGUGAGAUUCCCAGCAGUAUUGAAGGCCAUCCUGUGAAGGUCCAAGAGGAUGACCUUCAUUGUCAUUGUAAAGGAAGGGAAUAUGCAAGGUUCAUGCUGGAGAACUUGGUUGAUGUCACUUCUGACUCAAGGCAACACCAGACCUGCAAUGAUAUGUGUAAACAGUUAGUCCCUAUUACUAUUAAGGAUCCGUUCGCAAACCUUCCUCCUGAGCAGACAGCUGAAGACCUACGAUUAGGGACAAAUGAACAUAAAGAUAUCACAACUGAGCCUUUCGCAGAGCUGGAGUUAAUGAAAGAUUUAGAGAAACUUCCUGAUGCAUGGAAGGACAAACAACAAAACAAUGAAGAACUUCUACUGCCUGAGCUGGUUUCAAUGGCUCAUAUUGAAUACAAUCAUCCAAGUAUGUGUGAUGUCAUGCCUGACUACUGCCUAAGGUUGGAAGAGGAUAGCUAUACUAAGCAGUUUGAUUGGUCUGAAACAGAGUUUCUAGGAUUGGACUCCACAUCAACUAGAUCACAUCCAGAACAGCUUCCAUGUAUAAGUCAAACUGAUGGUGAUCCUAUCAAACUGAAUUCUGAAGGCCUUGGUCCAUCGGAAGAUGUGGAAUCCAGUGAUGUUCAAAAAAGAUCUUUGGAGUCUCCACAAACCCCUAUUGAUGUUUCUACGACCUCAGAAAAUCCAGGACAAGACAAUGAGAAGCUUCCUAUAACUCCUAUAUCAUGCUUUGAUACUGAGAUCGUGACUCCAAAGACCAAAGAGAAGACAGAAAAGAGAAUAUGGAAGACUGAACAAUAUCUGCAUGAAGCAGUGGCACUUAGUCUUAAAGUUCCUGAGGUGAAGAAUAUGGAUAAACCUAAUCCUCUCUUGUCACCCAAGUCAGAACUUGGCUUGACCAAAGAACAUGGCAACACCGAUGUUGAUCUGUUAUUACCAUGGCAACUAGUCAAUAUAUCAAAGGUUAUGAAGAACAAGAAGUUUACAAUGACCAUUGAGGGAUUAGAGGGUGCAGAUGAGAUCAAAAUGUUAGACAGUAAAGUGGACAGCUGCCAAGAACCAGUGGUUAAAGAAGAUUUAUCAAUAGAUGAUGAUGAGAGUGAUAUAAUGUUGGACCCAUUGGAAGUGGAGACGAAGCAGCCUUCUAAAGAAUGUUCAUCAUCUGAUUCUGAUGAACAAACUGAAAAUUCUGAAGAGCAUAUGAAUACGACGUCAGAUACAUCUGUCACUGAAAAUGAGAAGCCACUAGCUGAGGAGAGUAAGGAGAAGAAAGAAGAUGCUGCUCCCAAAAGAUGUUCUCCUAUAGGGGAUCCAUUGAUGGACUUCUUAAAGCUUAGAUGCAAGGAAUCUCUCAUUAGGAAGGACCCGCCUCCUCUCCCACCCCCACUCCUUCCAAGAGCAGAUCAGAGUAGCAAAGAGCUUCAAUUGAAAAGCACAAAUGACGCAAAGACUGUUUCCAAGCCUGUGGUAAUUAAAAAGGAGAUUCUAGAUCAUGAUGACUCCAAAGAAUCUGAGCUAACACCUACCAAGUCUGGUAAUAAAAAGUCAAAGAGCAGAACAGUUGAAGUUACUCUGACAGCACCAUUUGUUGAGAUGAUGAAAGUACUAGAAGAUGCCCUAACACCAGUGAUGAAUCGCCUUCAUUCUACCAAUGUACUGUCACCAUCCUACACACUCCAUACACUCACACCAGAUGUUUCUAGAUUCCUCCUACUACAGUAUGAAAAGCAGAGUAAAUCUACAGACAAAGAAGACACAGAAGAAUAUCAACAAAUUGUUCUCCUUCACAGCUAUGUAACUGCUAUAGAUCUGAUGAUACACUGUGAUGCUGUAUCAGCAAUCAUGCACUUGGCCCUUGCCAAUGAGAGAUAUAAAGAUAUCCUAAAAGGAUGUUUGGAUGGCGUUAGAAACACCCUGUUCAAGAAGCAUUGCAUGCUACCCAAACACACUCUACACCCUAAGCUUCAUGAGAUGGUUAGGCUUACAGGAGAAUGGUUCCUCAAGAAACUCAAGAAAGAAGGAAAGGACCAUGACCCUAAGGUUCUUGUGAUAAUUAGACGAGAGUAUGCCAAACUGGCUGAAAGUGUCACUACUGUUUUGCUUUCUGUGAGAGGUUUAUCAGCCAGCACUCUGAGUUCAACGUACAAAACCAUUUACAUGGCAGUUAGUCAAGCACUGGACAAACACAACUGCUUGGUGAUCUCACCAGCUCAGAUAGAUGAGAGCUUUCCUUGGGCACACUUCUCACUGGUCAUUGAGUAUGAAGCCUACCCCAACAGCCCCUGGAAAGAGCUAUGCUUGCGUCAAAAUAUCAGGCACAUUGAACUACGAUGUACGAGUUCUGUUGGAGUAGGAGCUGACCUGGGUCGUCUUAGUUUAACAGAUGAUAACGUAAGAUGGCCGCAUGGUCUAAAGUUUGAAAUGGCUACCUUUCAACAACUAAUAGCUGAUUGA